GCCGAAGCCCAAACGUCGCUUCCCCGUGCCCCCACUCCAAACCCGAACCCCCGCGGUCACCGGCACCGGCGGCCGAUGGCCUCCACCUCCUCCGGUGGCGGCGCGCGGCCGUGGCGCACCGCGCUGCUCACCCUCCGCGACGAGUCGGUGGCCUCGCCCUCCGCCCCGGUCCUCCUCGCGCUCCUCCGCCGCGUCCUCCUCUCCCCCACCUCCCCCUGCCCGUCCCUCGCUGCUUCCGCCGCCGUGCUCUCGUCUCACGAGGUGGGCUCGGAUGUGGUGUUCCUCGCGGAGAUGGCUACGGCGGUGGCCCCCUGCACCGGCGCUGACGACGACCUGCGCGGCGUCUGCCACCUGAUUCAUGAUAUCGUUUGCAAAACAAAUAUGGAGAUUGACUCUCCUGGUUGGCUUGCAAUGUUGAAGUUCCUUGAUGCGCUUGUGAAGUGCUCGAUUGAAGGUGCAUGUGUGAAGGGCCUCUCUGUUAGGACAGCUGCAUUGAAUACAGCAUCUGAAUGUUUACAGAUCCUCAGGUUUUGGAGCAGGGAUUAUGGAAGAACUAGUCCAUUAACUGAAAAUUCACAUGCACUAAGAGUGCUUAUCUCGAUUGUAUCAUUCUUGAAAGCUGAACUGAACCUCUCUGAUAAACCAAAUGGAACUGGCAUUUCUUCCCCCGUCUCUGGAUCGGUGAAUAAUAAACAUCCCAAUAUCUGGGAUAUGAAAAUAUCUGCAUUUUCCAUGGUGGAAGAUAUACUAUGUAAGAUUGCAUCAAGUAUGUCACAAGACUUGUGGCAGUCUGUCAUUGAGGUCUUGCGGAAAGUUAUGGAUUUUGUGACAGCAAGGAACCUUGUUAUAGAGAGUAGCAUCAUGUCAAGAUUUUGUACUUCCUUUCUUCGUUGUCUACAUUUGGUUCUAUCGGACCCCAAGGGACCACUCUCAGGGCAUGUAGCAGGGUUUGUGGCAAAUCUGCAAAUGUUUUUCGUAUAUGGGCUGAGGUCCUCUUCGCCUCCUGCACUAGCUCCAAAGGAAAUCAAAACAGACUCAAAACCCAGGGCUUCAUAUCGUGGACGAUAUAGACCACCUCAUUUGAGGAACAAGGACGGAAGAGGGAAUGAUUCACUGGAUGGUCAAAGUUCAGAUAGUGAAUAUUCUCGAUAUGAUUUAAGCUCAUCUGAUUCAGAUCUGAGCGAUAGUGAUGGAUAUGCAAAAAAUGGAGACCGCUUUCGGAGUUCAAAGGCUAGAUUAGCUGCCAUCCUUUGUAUACAGGAUAUCUGUCGCGCUGAUCCGAAGUUACUUACUUCACUAUGGCCAUUACUUUUGCCUGAGAAUGAUGUUCUCCAACAAAGGAAAUAUCAAGCAACUCUGAUGACAUGCUUGAUUUUUGAUCCUAUAACAAAGGUACGUGUUGAAGCAGCAUCGACUGUUGCUGCCAUGCUGGAAGGGCAAGCAUUAGUUUUGACACAAGUUGCAGAGUACAAGGGGUCAUCCAAAUGUGGAUCUUUCACUACGUUAUCUUGCUCGCUUGGUCAAAUUUUAAUGCAGCUGCAUACAGGAGCACUAUACUUGAUACAGCGUGAAACUCAAGCUACUUUGCUUGCGGCAUUGUUCAAAGUUCUCAUUCUUUUGAUAUCUGCUACACCAUACCCUCGGAUGCCAAAGGAGUUGUUGCCUACAGUCAUUACAAUCAUGUGCGGUAGAUUAUUGAACGCUCACUCGAAUAAGAGUGAACAUUAUGCCUUGCAGGUUAAUGUUCUAAAUUGCUUGGAGGCAGCAUUUUCAAAGGUGCCACCUACUUUGGAUGUUUUUGCGGUUCUCACUCAAGAUUGCUGUGCUGGACUAUCACAUGAUCAACAACAGUCAAGUGUGAUAGCUGUUCUUCUCCAUUGCAUAGAAGAAGAAAUGCAUUUCAGUAUUAGAUGCGGAGCUUUCCAGGUGUUGAGAUCAGUGGUUCACAAUUACCCAAGCUGUGCAAACAUAAUUUGGGAAAAAAUUCGUGACAACGUUCUUGAUUUGUUACAAAUGCAAAGCUUUGAAGAACAAAAGUGUGAUGCUAACUUUGGGCCUCCUGGACCUAAAGAAGAAUCAUCAAUUAAGGGAAGAUGUCUUGUGGUUGGAAUCAAGGUAAUGGAUGAGUGUCUGCGUGUUUCAUCUGGAUUCAAGGGAGCAGAUGACCUCAAAGAAUGCAGAUUGCUGGAUAUUCAGCAAAUUUCUGAUUGCACCAUAAAUAAAAGUAUUAAAUCUGCACCUCACUUUGAAGCUGAAGUUGCUGGAUCAUCACAAAAUUGCCCUUUGGACAUAGCACUUGGGACAAGCCGUUGGAUUGAGGUGAUAGAGACCCAUCUCCCCCGGGGGUUAUCCCAUGACUCUGCUAUGGUCAGGACAGCAUCACUCACAUGUUUUGCUGGCAUGACUUCUGACGUUUUUUUCUCCCUGCCAGAAAAAAAUAGAGACUAUAUGACCUCCUCAUGUGUUCAUGCAGCAUUGAGCGAUGCGGUUCCUACUGUAAGAUCAGCUGCAUGUCGAGCUAUUGGUAUUGUUGCAUGUUUCCCCCAAAUACUGUCAAGCCCUAGUCUACCUGGCAAGUUCAUAGAUGCCAUUGAGUUUAAUACACGGAACUCAUCAACUCCGGUUCGUGUCACUGCUUCGUGGGCUUUGGCAAAUUUUUGUUCUUGUAUUCGUUUUAGAGCAUUGGAAGUGCAUACGGAUCCCUCUGCAGGUGUACUGAAUAAACCAACCAUAUCUCUGUUGGUUGAAAUUGCUUUGCGUCUGACAAAAGAUGGUGAAAAAGUAAAAUCAAACGCUGUUAGAGCUCUUGGGUAUCUUUCAAGAUUUAUCAGAUUCAAUCACCAGGCUGACGCAAUAAAUGACCCAUGUGAUUCAGUUUUUUAUGGGGAUCUUGUCUGGCUUGAAAGAAUGGUACAUGCUUUGAUGUCUUGUGUGACAACUGGGAAUGUAAAGGUCCAAUGGAACGUUUGUCAUGCUCUUAGCAACUUAUUCAUGAAUGACACCUUGAGACUUCAAGAUAUGCCUUGGGCAUCAAGUGUUUAUAGCAUACUUCUACUGCUAGUCCGUGAUUCAAACAAUUAUAAGAUAAGGAUGCAUGCAGCUGUUGCUUUAGCAGUGCCAGUCGCAAGGCUUGAUUAUGGUAGCUCAUUUACAGAUGUUGUCCGAGGCCUCGUGCAUGCUCUUGAGUCAUUGAGUUCAAACAAUUCAUCAUUACCUUCAAAUUUCAAACAGAAAGACAACCUUGAGAAACAGCUUACAUUUACUGCUCUUCAUUUACUUGGUUUUGUUUCACCAAACGAUGAUCCAAGCCUGAAAGAUUUUCUUAUCAAGAAAGCAUCUUUUCUAGAAGACUGGCUUAAAUCAUUGUGCUCAUCAUUCAAUAAUGAUGAGCACCAGCCCUUGCCAACGGUGACCAUAAAUGACGAGGAUUUUUUCAGCCCAAAUGUGACGCAGAAAGUUAUGCUAUGUUCUGCUGUGAAGUCCUUGCUGGACGUGUAUACAAGUAGAAGCCAGCAAACUAUUGCUCAGAGAUUUGAGCAACUGGCUAGAAGCAUAGCGUGAAUGGCAAAUAGUUGUUGUGGUCUCCACCUUCCAUUAAAAAGCAGCAAGAUAUUGGUCGUCUACCUCUUGGAUAGCCAACACAUCAUCAACUGAUUCUUAAAGUCUUCCGAAAAGAAAUGACACGACUUAAUGCUGAAUUCCAUGAACUCAACGAAGCUUCGAGUUGGCGGUUGUUUUGGAUCUUGGCCGUCAUGAUGAUGCACAAGCUCCUGGAAGCGCAGUUUCAUUGGUGUAAAAUCACUUUCGCGUGCUGUAUUUAUUGUAAAAUAGUUAUUUAGUCUCUUGCAGGUGUGAUCAUGUUUCUACACCCUAUGUAAUAUAGUGACCUUAGUUAUCAAUUUGUUGUAACAUUAUUACUGUGAAUAUAUGUAGCAGCCUUGCCUAGGGUACUUUCUUCUUC